AUGAAGGAGAAGAAGAAGAAGAAGAAGAAGAAGAAGAAGAAAGAGAAAAAGGAAAGGGAGAAUAAAAGGAGAAAACUAGCUCCGAACAUCGGCAUUUGUCUCCCGCACAUGCCAGGGCCAAGUGCGGAGGGUCGCCACAUCGAUCGCUGGCUCCGAAGUCAGCCGCGUGCCCAUUGGCGCGAGGGGGAGCGUUUCGGAACGGAGGGGCAAAGGGCGAAGGACGGGCGGGGGCCGGGGGCGGGGGCGGGCGGGGGGGCCGCGGCCGCUGCGUUGCCGAGGAGCGCCGGCGCGCCAAGUGCGAAAGUGGAGUGCGAGCCAGUGAAGCGGCGGCCGGCUGCGUGGCCGCGCUCGCGAAUGAAGCAUCAGCCUCGCCCGGCGGCGGGCCCGGGGGCCGGCCCCGGCGGCGCCGACGCGAGGGAGGGGACGAGCGCGCCAGCGGCCCGACUGCGACGGCAGAACGCGCUCACAUGCGGGCCUGAUCCUGCGGCAACGGCUCGCCGGGGUUCGCCGGCGCCUGCCUCCAAGCACUCCCACGCCGUCAACGGGCUGUCCGGCUCUCCCACACACGUGUCUGGAUCUGCGGCGGCGGCCUUCUUCGCAAGGGCGGCCCAGAAACUCAACCUGUCGUCGCUGCCGGCCCGCCACAAGCGGGGCAGCCGCGGGGCGGCGGCGCGCCGGAGCGGCUGGGCAAGCGGGGGCUUCUGCGAGCCGCUGCACCGCACGCCCCGCCCUGGCCCGCCCGCGCUGCAUGCGCCGCAUCGGGCCUGCGGGAGAUCUCGGCGUGGGCCA